AAAAAAACAAUGGGGAGACUAGCGAUUGCAGCUAUAACGAGCUUGUGGGUGAUUCCCAUGUCGAUCAUCGUCAACCACAUUGUUCCCGAUCCCUACAUGGACGAGAUAUUCCAUGUGCCUCAGGCUCAGCAAUACUGCAAUGGCAAUUUCAGGAGCUGGGAUCCAAUGAUCACUACCCCACCUGGAUUGUACUAUCUAUCACUUGCACAUGUUGCUUCUCUGUUUCCAGGAAUGUUGAUGAGAACUACUUCUCAGUCCUUUUCAGAAGCUUGUUCUACGUCUGUCCUGAGGUCUACCAAUGCUGUUUUUGCAGUCUUGUGUGGAGUUCUAGUGUAUGAGAUUAUCAGGUUCUUGGCGAGUCUCAGUGAUAGAAAAGCAACUUUAAUGGCUUUGGUCAUGUCUCUUUACCCUCUCCACUGGUUCUUCACUUUCCUCUACUAUACGGAUGUUGCGUCUCUCACCACUUUUCUUGCCAUGUACCUCGCUUGUUUGAGGAGAAGAUAUAUCCUCAGUGCUGUGUUUGGUACUUUAGCGAUUUUGAUCAGGCAAACAAAUGUAGUCUGGAUGCUUUUCGUUGCUUGCUCAGGUGUUUUAGACUUCACUCUUGACUCUCCGCGGAAAAUGGAUGAUAAACAAAAAGUAAAUAAAGAUUUGCAUCAGUCCAUUGAUAGGAAAGAAGCAACUCUGAGAUCGAAUCUUAGAAAUAGAAAACCUGAUAACAACUUGGAUACUAGAGACAGUUUUGACCGUGGCAAAUCUGUUUCUUCAGCAGAGGAUACUUCAGGCUUAGUCUAUGAUGUUUAUGAUGUAAUCUCCACAUCUUGGAAUAUGAAGUGGAAGAUUUUGUUCAAAUUCAGCCCUUUCAUCGUGGUUGUGGUAGCCUUUGGUAUUUUUAUACUCUGGAACGGCGGUAUAGUCCUCGGUGCAAAAGAGGCUCAUGUGGUUUCACCACAUUUUGCGCAGAUAAUGUAUUUUAGCCUCGUCUCUGCACUUUUUACUGCUCCCCUACACUUCUCAGUAGAGCAAGUGAGAAAUCUACUCCAAGAGCUCCGAAGAAAUUGGCCCUUAAGCCUUCUACUAACUCUUGUGGCUCUAGUAGCUGGUUUUGCCUCUGUACACUUUUUCAGCUUGGCUCAUCCUUAUCUUCUCGCUGAUAAUCGCCACUAUCCAUUCUAUCUAUGGAGGAAAAUUAUCAACGCUCAUUGGUUGAUGAAAUACAUGCUAGUCCCGGUUUACGUCUAUUCCUGGUUCUCAAUCCUAACUUUAUUAGCAAAAACUCGAAGCAAGAUCUGUUGGGUGUUGGUCUAUUUCUUAGCUACAUGUGCUGUUCUUGUUCCUACGCCAUUGAUCGAGUUCAGAUAUUACACCAUUCCGUUUUAUAUCUUCAUGCUUCACUCCUGUGUCAGAAGCAGCGGUUACACAACUUGGCUUCUUACUGGAACGAUUUUUGUGUGUAUCAAUGUGUUUACAAUGGCUAUGUUCUUGUUUAGACCAUUCAAGUGGAGCCAUGAGGAUGGUGUCCAAAGUUUAUUUGGUAGGGACAAAGGUUUAUACUCUUUUGCUGCAAUUAGUUACUAG